AUGGUUCUUACACGUUCUAGAGCUAAUAGUUUAGUGAGUGAGGACAGUUCACGGGUUUUGACUACAACUGUCAGUUCGGUGACAUCGGCUAACCCGGCUGCGCCUGUCGCGAGUACGCAGUGCACGCGAUCGCCUGUCAUCUCAGGCACAGCUGAUGACACACUUCAACACAGCGUGUUUCAGCCUGGCUCCGGCGAAAUUGGUGGGGUGCAUACUAUGUCAAGAUUGCCCCCGCCGGUCACUACAGUUGCACCUGCUGAACCUGGCGUGCAUAGCGUGCCGCCGCCUCAGAUUCAUCACAUCGUGUCUACAACAACGCCUGUUGCCACAAUGCAGGCCACAGCUACUACGUGUCCGCAAGUGCCUAUUCAGUUACCAUAUGCUAUGUCUCCUGCCGCAUUUUAUGGCAUGCCUGCAUGGUCUACCCAGACGCACACGAAUGUUUCGCCAUCUAUGUAUGCUCCGCCAUAUAUACAUCAUGCUCCCAUACACUUCAUUCCACCCGAUGGAUACUUACCUUCGCCGACGAUGCCUGCACCUGUAAAUAAUAUGAAUAGUCAUCAAUCUUACCUCGAUGGUGCAUCGAACACUACUGCUUCUGCUGCACCUACGCCUUUGGUAAUCACUGAUGGUCAGUUAGCUCAGAUUGUGAGUGCGCUUAGAACGCAACCUGCUUCUGUUGGAGGUAAUUUUGCCAGGUGUACUGCACGUUUUGAUGGAACGGGAGAUAUACAAGCUUUUGUGGAUGCUAUUCUUAUAUAUAAAGAAUGUGUUAGUAUCUCAGAUGAAAUAGCGCUUCGUGGUAUACCAAUGCUUUUAACAGGUUUCGCAGCAACCUGGUGGCAAGGGAUCAAGCACUCUGUGACGACCUGGAAUGAAGCGAUACAACUACUUCAAGGUACCUAUGGUGUUCACUUACCGCCACAUAAGGUGUAUAGACGCCUGUUCGAACGAGAACAAGGAGACGAAGCUACUGAUAUUUUUGUAACUAAAGCGAGAGCGCUGAUUAGUCAGCUGCCGCCAAAUACGCUUUCAGAAGAAACUCAGCUGGACAUGGUUUAUGGUCUACUUAGUUGUCAUAUACGAGAGAAAGUACCUCGAACAUCGUUUUCAUCAUUUGCCGAACUGCUUCAGAAAGCACGCAUUGUUGAAGAACUGUAUGCAGAAGGCCAGCAAACGCCUGUCACAGCGACGAUGUCAACACCCAGUAAAUUAACCUUCUCGACACCCGCUGCUGCAUCUAAGGGUCCCGUUAUGAAGAAAACCAGACCGAGAUGCGGGUAUUGUAAACAAUUUGGUCAUAAAACAGAAGGAUGUCCGAAAGGACAGAGACAAAGAGGUAAGCAAGAGGGAAACACUAAGGAAUAUCCUCCACCUCCAACAAUUACAUGUUAUGGCUGUGGUGCGCCGGGAGUGAUCCGUUCAAAUUGCCCCACGUGCAAGAAGCGGCCGACCACACCAGUAACGGCAUCAACAUCCUCCACUGCUUUCCAAUCGGUUGCUGCCUUGGGAAAUAAGGAUAUAACCCACGAGCACGCCCGAAACUUGAUGUUGAGAUAUAUGAAACAAUCUAUUGCUAGUAAAAGUUUAUAUACAUUUUUAAGAACUCGAAAUCAUGUGUUUAGUUUUGUAAAUACUACUGUUAAAUUAGCCGAUGGCUCUAGUAAAUUAAUGAAUGUUGCAACCACUAAGGUUGAUGUAAAGGUUCAAGGUAUAAUUAUACCAACUGUGUUUAUAGUAUUACCCGAUGCUACAGACUCCUUAUUAGGAAUGAACUUUAUACAGGAAGCUGGUAUGAUACUGAAUUUUGAAAGGCACUUGUAUACUCUUAAAUCUGAUUCUAGGCACUUCAACCUUAGGUAUGAGGCGAUUGAUCCAGUGGGUGAGAUCGCAACAGCUUCAGCCAUCGUUCUUCGUGACGAGGAAGGUGCGUUCCUCUCAGCUUCGGAACGGGAGUCAUUUAACACUCUCCUGCAUGACAAUCGGGACAUCUUCGAGCCAGGGGGAGCCCCUACAACGUUCGCAGUCCACAGGAUUGAUACAGGUGAGCAUGCUCCUGUAGCUGUACCGCCUUAUCGUGUCUCGCCAUGGAAGAAAGAAAUUAUGAGGAAGGAGAUAGAACGUAUGUUAGAAGAGGAAUUCUUCUAUAGAAGCAGAGUCUGAAUGGGGAUCUCCGGUAGUGCUGAUUCCAAAGAAGUCGCCUGGUGAGUGGCGGUUUGCUAUAGACUAUAGAAACGUAAACGCCAUCACAAAAACAGAUAAGUAUCCAUUGCCCGUCAUUGAUGACAUCCUGUUUUCUACCAAGGCUGGUGCAGUCAUGUCUACGAUCGAUUUAAAGUCAGGAUACUGGCAGAUCGAGGUCCACCCCGAUGACAGAGACAAGACGUCUUUUGUCACGCCUUUCGGUGUGUUCCGUUUCCGCCGCAUG